CGAAACCCGGAGAUUCAAAACCUUUGUUGGAAAUAGGGUAAGUGAAAUUCAUGAUGUGACGUCACGAGACCAAUGGAGACACGUAGAUACGGCUUCCAAUCCAGCAGACGUCGCUUCUAGAGGAAUGCAUGCCAGUGAUUUAAAGACAAUGAAAUUUUGGAUGCAUGGACCUGAAUUCCUUCAGAAAGUUGAAAGUCAUUGGCCAAGCCACCUAACUAAACCUGAAUUAGACGACGACGACACUGAGCUGAAAAAGAGGUUGUCUUCAACACAACUAGUGCAGUUGAAUCCAUUCAAAGUAUAAUAGGUAGAUACUCCAGUUGGACGAAGUUGAGAAGGGCCGUUGCUUGGUUACUAAGAUAUAAGGCAUACUGCAGACGUAAACACUUAAACCACACCUUGGAACUGAGUGAAGGUGACUUAAGCACCAAUGAACUCAACAUGGCGGAACAUACCAUAUUAGCGUUGGUUCAACGUUCGUCGUUUGCCGAUGAGAGAAUAAAUCUACAAAAUGGGAAUUCUGUAAGAAAAGACAGUUGUUUAGUAUCUUUGAACCCGAUUAUACACCAUGACCUGAUCAGAGUACAAUGACGCUUACAAUGCGAAUAUCCAAGCAAAUAUCCAGUCGUACUACCUAGCAAACACCAUGUAACAAAACUAAUAAUAAAACAUAUCCACGAACAUAAUGGUCACGUUGGAAAAGAGCAUCUACUUUCUAUGUCACGUGAGAAAUAUUGGAUUCUUCACGGACCUAGCGCAGUGAAGAGUAUUUUAAGAGGUUGCAUCCCAUGCAGACGACAACAUACACCGUUAAUGACCCAACAGAUGGCGCCCUUGCUUGACGAGCAGACGACACCGGAUAUGCCACCAUUUUCCCAUAUUGGAAUCGAUUAUUUCGGACCAUUUAUUGUGAAGACAGCUCGUGCACGAGAAAAGCGUUAUGGUUGUAUUUUCACGUGCCUAACGUCGCGUGCGGUACAUUUUGAAAUUGCUCACAGUCUAUCUACUGAUUCCUUCAUAUCUGCCUUUCAACGCUUUCAAAGUCGACGUGGACGUCCACGGAAAGUCUUCAGUGAUAAUGGAACCCAUCUUGUUGGAGGUGAAGCUGAACUACGAAAAUCAUUGCAGCUAUGGAACCAGUCCAAACUCAUUGGAGUUUUUGCUCAGAACGACAUCGAAUGGCAUUUCAACCCUCCGAACGCAAGCCAUAUGGGAGGAGCAUGGGAACGUUUAAUUCGUUCUGCUAGUGUUAUAUUGAAAUCUCUCGUCCGAGAACAACUACUUAACGACGAGCAGCUGCUUACAUUUAUGGCUGAAACUGAGAAAAUACUAAAUGACAGACCUCUGACCCCCGUUAGCAGUGAUCCCAGAGACCCACCAGCAUUAACGAGUAUGCUACUGCUAAUGAAAUCAAACCAGUGCUUACCUGUUGAUAUCUUUAAGAAGCAAGAUAUAUACGCAAAACGGUGGUGGAGACAAGUGCAGUAUGUCGCAGAUGUAUUUUGGAAACGAUGGUUGAGAGAAUACUUACCACUACUUCAGAAAUGGCAACGUAAAACUGAAAACCUGAAGAAAGAUGAUGUAGUUCUUGUUGCCUUUGACAACGUUCCCAGAAUACAGUGGCCACUAGCCCGAAUGGUUGACGUGAAUCCUGGUAGAGAUGGCCUGGUUAGAAGCUGUGUGAUCAGAACUAAAUCAGGUCAAUGAAUUAGGCCAGUUACUAAACUGUGUCUUCUUGAGGCUUCAAUGUAAAUUUGAUCCUAACUUUUUUCGAAGCUAAAUAAUAAUUACAGCAAACAAGUAAGAGCCAAGUUUUGUUGUACAAAUUGUUAUAAAUGCGCUACUUAGGAAUUGUCUUUAUGAAGCGUAGAUAAUUGUUUUUGGUUAGAUUCCGUGCACCUUGCAUGGAUUAACUAAUUACGUGAAAUAUGUCAUCAACUUAAGAAUUAUUGAUUAUUGAUAAAGCAUGGAAGUGUAAUUUUUUGAAAAGUUUAUUUGUUAUGAAAUGUAUGUAAUUUUAUAGUGGGGACUGUUAGAAACAUAAAUGUAGUUUCUAAUAUUUGUUGUAUCUGACGCUAUUUAUUUGACGUCUGUUUGGCGUCUUCAGCCACGUGAUAAUUUGCGGCGUUCAUUGACGUCAACGUCAUACUUGUUUAUACUUCCGCCCAGACUUUGAAACGUUAACUGAACUGAACGUUAACUGUGGACAUAAAUUAUUCUGAUGAGACUUGAUGAGUAAGAGACCAAAUUCGAGAAUCGCUAUAACUAGAGAAAUAAAAGAGUAAAGGCGCAUCUCUCGUUUAGUCACUGAGUUGAUCCAAGUCCCAGAACAGUAUAUAUGGAGUUGAAGAAUAGAUAAAGAUUAACAUAGCUAUCAGGAAGUUGAAAACGUUGCAAUCAGUUAACUGCUAUUCCUAUUACACUGGCAGACUAGCAGUAAGUAUAACUAGUGCGUUUUUGUUCAAGAUAUUAAGAAAUUGUUAUCAUUUAAUCAUGAUAUUAAAUUUGUUUUAAGUAGAGGUAUAGGAAAAGUUGAACACGACCUUUAACCGUCACUGUUGUUCUGCAUGCCUACAGUAUAUGUAUCAACAUAAUAUUUUGUUAUGUAUGUUUAUCUGAUGCAGAUAUUAAGGAAUUAAAUUGGUUUAUACAUAAAUGUUUCUUUAUGUACUUUAACAUUGACUUAAUCUAUAAAGGAUAUUACUUUUUUUAUCUGAACAUUUUAUUAAACUGAGAUAUUUUGUAUGAAGUGAACACAAUGUUAAAUGUACA